AUGGGAUCACUUUUUAGAGAAUGCAAGUAUGGUUGGAUCGUGGUCGUCGGCCGGUUCAUCAGCGGUUUCAUCGAGGUCGGGACGGUGAAGAGCUUUGGCGUUCUCCUGCCCGAUGUCGUGACGCAUCUUAAUGCCUCGUCGGGAAAGGUUGGGCUGGCAUUUGGACUCUGCCAUGGACUUACAUUUGGUUUGGGUCCAUUGACAAGUGCGUUAUACAGAUGGACACAGAGCCGUUGGGUGAUGGUGAUAGGCACCUUAAUAGCAACUCUAUCUAUAACCCUCGCCUCCUUUGCAACGGAUGGCAGUCAUCUUCUUGCUGCUCUCAUAUUUACGGGACUUGGAUACUCAUUGAUGUGUCUACCUACCAUCAUGGCCCUUAACAAGCAUUUCGUCGAGCGAUUUGCCCUGGCUUAUGGUGUUGCCCAGACCGGUCCCGCCGUUGGUAUGAUUGUACUACCAGUCGUCACGGAGAACCUUGCUCAUACUUACGGUUGGAAAGGCGCCCUCUUCCUGCUGGGUGCCAUCAACUUCCACAUGAUGAUUACGGCUGUGGUCACUCGGGAACCGGAACAUGUGUAUGGACACUGGCGGAGAAAGAAAACGACUGGUCCAGAUGACAUUCAGAGCAAGAAAGCACAAUUCAAGAAGGACGCCUGUAACAUAAAGGAAGUCAAGCCUUUGGGCUCGUCAGUAUGGCCGAACGGUAAUUCAGAGGAACUUCCGUACCAGCAAUCCAAUGUUGCUAAGUAUGGAAGCUGCAUGAAUCUGUCUUCGAAUGCUCCCAAAGCUGCGAUGAGGAAUUCUUUCCUGAUGAGAAAGUUCAAAUCUUGUGACGAGGAAGACACUGCGAUACUGUCCGAUGGUGAGUUCAUUAAGCCUCAGCUCUCGAGUUACAGAUCUCUUGUCGGGAAUGAGAAAAAUCUCCGUGGCGAAUUUGAGAAGCGAAAAUCGUAUCAUGGAUACGGCAACGAUGCGGUCAACUGUAAUGACAAACAACCUCUCUGUUCUGAUGGUCGCGGUAAAUACUACGGCAAUGAACACUGGACAUACGAUUUCAGGAAGCUAAGUUACGUCUCAGAAGAGUCAGGGCACGUUAGCAGCCAUGAGAGACUGAACGAAAGAGAUGGACUUACCGAUCGAUCUUGCUGCAGUAGCUUCUUGAGCUCUUGCAAAUCUGCCGCCAUGUGUGUCGUCCAGUUCUUGGACCUCGAACUCAUGAGGGACGCACCAGCUUUGAUUAUCCUGCAGCUUUCGUUCAUCCUUCUGACUUCCGUCCAUGUUGGUUGGAUGAUCUUCCUAGUACCCCACGCUGUCGGGAAAGGCAUCCCAAUAGAGAGUGCGGUCUUCCUAUCCUCAGUAGGAGGGGUUGGAAACCUAAUCGGUCGAAUUGUCCAAGGGCCCAUUGUAGACAAACGACUCUUGACUGGUGUCCAGCUCUCCAUUCUGCUGUCUAUUGUCAAUGCCAUCACGUUCGCGAUCGAUCCAUUACUGCAGACCUUACCAGUACUCUGUGUUGAUGCGUUCUUCAGUGGACUCUGCAGCGGCGCUUUGAUACCUCUUGUAGCUAUAUGUGUCAAGGAAGUUGUUCCAAGGGAUAGAUUCGCUAACGCAAUAGGCCUCGUGUCACUCUCCUACGGCGUGGGAGAGCCAAUAGGAGGUUAUUUAGCAGGAAAGCUCUCUGACGUCGCAGAUUCUUACGAGAAGGUGUUUCUAGUAUUCGGUGGCCUGGAAAUCAUCAAGGCUCUGCUAUUAGUUGUGGUUGCUUUCAUGGUUUGGAGGGAGAGUCGAGCAUCACCGAGUUGAUAGUUUAUAUCAUUCGUUACAAAUAAAAACCUUUAGAGAUUCUCAGGGGUAAUAUAAUAAUGGUGCAAUCAUCUGAGCUAUCUACCUGUAAAUAAUUGAUAGAUGAUUAAAUUCAUUUGUUUAUUAUCUAUCUAAUCAUUAAUUUACUUAUUUAUUUACUUUUUUUGGAAGGGGUCAUAUGAGAGCUUUGUUUAUACUUUAUGAUAUCUACAUUAACAUUGGAGGAAAUCUCACCCAGAAAUAAUUAUUGAUUCCUAAUCUGUUUAGAGCACUGAGUCUAUUUCUAAUAAUCCAAUUGAUCAUGAUUGUGAUCCAAAAUCUGAUCGAAUUACAACAAUGAAUACAAUAUGGUAAUAAAAGCCCCGGGAAUUAAGACAAUUCUGGUGAAAAGAGCCACUAAAAAUACUUUUAGAAAUUCUUUUUAGAAUUGGUUAAAUAUCGAAUGCUUUUAUUAGCUAGUGACCGUGUACAUGAUGGGAUUCGAUGAUGUGAUAUCUCACUAACUACAUCGUCUAUUUUGAGAAAAUGAUAUUUCCACAUUUUUUUAAAGUUGAAAAUGUGUAACAUCUUUAAAGAACUAAAAAUCAAUAACGGAAUUUCUGUAAAUAAAAAGCCAUUGUGUCUGUUAUAUAUUUCAGAUUGUUGUUAUGCAAAUCUUCAUGAAUAUGGUACAAUUUUUCCAAAGCUGUUGGUCCAUUAAAAACCAUCAGAACCAACAGAUAUCUUCUGUUGGUCUUUAUAAUGGACCCGGUUGGAAUUCAGACCUGUGAUACAGACUGCUUAUGUCACGAGACAAUUAACCAUGUUCAGUUUUGGUACCGACCGAUGAAUAAUUCCUUUUAAUACGAUAAUCAACAAAGAAUCAAAGACACUUGCAGGCACUGUUGACUAAUUGUUAUUUUUCAGCAAUUAUGAAUUGAUUAUAUGGGCCUUUUACUAACGGGUUGACUAACUUGUUUCGAAAAAGCAUGCAUGCAUUUUAUGUAAAACUAGACAUCUCCGGAGGACAACUCCCCCGCAAGACAUCUCACCCGGAGGACCUGUCCCCCCGAGGACGAAUGUCCGGGAGGACAGCUCGCCCUAUGAAAACUCCUCCACCGGCGCGGUUCUACAAUGAUCUUGAACGUGUACUUUGGCUCAAGAUUGAAAACAAAGGGUUUCUAUGAAUAAUUAGCAAUUAAGCUGCAAAUUAGAGUGUAACCUAAAGGGAUAAACCAUUAGCAAACAAUUUCACUCCCCAACCCCUUUGGAGCUGUCCUUCGGGGGACUUGUCCUCGAGGGAUCCUUCGUCCGAGGGAGAAUGUCCUACGGAGGAGUUGUCCUCCAGGGAUGCUGUCCUACGGGGAGUUACCCUCCAGGGAAGCUGUCCAUCAUGGGAGAUGUCAGAAGGGAUUUCUCCCUGGAGGAGUUGUCGUCAGGGGGAGAUUUCCAAGAACAAUUUAGAAGAUCGUAUGCAUACUCAUACACAUCAUAAUUUUUAAAAUAAAAUUCUAGCCAGUGUAUCUCAUUAUUUUCUCUCACUUUUCCAAAAUGUUCACCCUAUUAAGAUUGUGUUCCCUGGUGAUUUAUUUAUGCCCUAUGUGUGUACUUCUUUGGUCAACAUUCAUGGGAGGAAAUCAAUCUCUCAUCAUAUUUUCUUUCGGAGAAAAUUUAGAAAAUAUAUUGGUUGGGCACAAUGGGGAAGAACUCAGAAGAGUAGACACCAUGACUGAUGUUCAGUUUAUACAAUGAAGUGCAUAUAUUUUUUUCUCGAGAUAUUGUGCUUCCGAUUGCAAUUUUUCGGAUGCCAUGAUAAUAACACAAUGGCUUAAAUGCUCAUACUUUCAUUAGUACUUGUUACAUACGUAUGUCAAUAGAACAGUAAUAAAACCGCAAUUCAGGGGAAGAUGACUUAAUUAUUGUAAACCGGGUGGGGGGGGGGUGUAAUAGUUAUUUCGUUUGUUUUAUACUUCGUUAUAUAUCCUGCCAUAUUUUCUUUUUUAUUUAAACUUUGGUUUUCUAAAGCGAUUUAAUGACAUAAAUUGAAAUUCUAUUCAAUUCUUUGUUUUGAAAGAUGCUAAUUUUGAACCUAUCACGUCUCAACUCAGAUGCAUGUAUGAUACAUGUUAUACAUGUUAUAAGAGAUGCGUCGAAUGACGCAAUUACUGACCUUUUAUACCGUUACGACCCUUCUCUGAAAGUUUUAUAUGAGUUUGGAAGUGGAACUUUGUUGUGUCAUUAUACACCUUACGCCCACUCGUAGCAGUUAUUAUUUCGUACCCAUUUUCUUUAAAGAUAUAGAAUAAGUUACAGUACAAGAUGUUGUUCAUAAAAUACACUAUGGGUUGUGACCUUAUGAAGGCGCGAAGAAGUUUUUCUAAUAAAUCGAGACACCUUAUACGGUGUCAAGUUGGUUAAAAUUAUGAUGAACGCGACACUCGAGAUUUGUUAUCGAAACUGGAUCAUUCAUUUCGCAGUGGGAAUAUUGUUUCGAAAUGUAAAUAAACAGGAAAGACUUCACGGAGGAAAAUAAUAUUAAAACGGAAAUAGUCAUCUUUAGCAAC